AUGGAGGGAAGUAUCUCGCCGCUUUGCCUACGUUCUUCAUCUAGUCUCUCUUACUUCUCCAGUAAGGUUUCACCGGAUUCUCACCGUUCUCUGGGAUUUACAUUGGUUGACUCGCUCCGGCCGACGAACUUGGUAUCCCUGCGAACGGGAAACAGACGGUCGUCGUCACUACGGCUGAUUCUCUCUCCGGCGAGAGGCGCUCUCCGUACGCCGACACUUUCCGCGGAGGAAGUGAAAGAUGUCCCGAUGCCGAAGAUAGAUAAGAGCGGCCGAUUGAGCAGCCCUCGAGCCGCCCGCGAGCUCGCUCUGGUUAUACUCUAUGCUGCAUGCUUAGAAGGCUCAGACCCACUUCGCCUCUUCGAGAAGAGAAUAAAUGCAAGAAGAGAGCCUGGUUACGAGUUUGACAAGACUUCUUUGCUGGAAUAUAACCACAUGAGCUUUGGAGGACCUCCGGUUAAAACAGAAACAAGUGAAGAGGAAGAUGAGCUUGUGCGCCAUGAUGAAAACGAAUCAAAAAUCGAUGCAGAAGUGCUUUCAGCUCCCCCAAAGUUGGUGUACAGCAAACUUGUUUUACGGUUUGCAAAGAAGCUCUUGGCUGCGGUUGUUGAUAAAUGGGAUACUCAUGUCGUUAUCAUUGAGAAAAUUUCCCCACCAGAUUGGAAGAGUGCACCAGCUGGAAGAAUACUAGAGUUUUCAAUUCUUCACUUAGCAAUGUCUGAAAUGGCAGUCCUUGAAACUCGUCACCCGAUUGUCAUAAACGAGGCUGUUGAUCUUGCGAAACGGUUCUGCGAUGGAUCAGCGCCACGCAUAAUCAACGGAUGCCUAAGGACAUUUGUCAAGGACAGAGCAGCAACAUCGACACCUCAAGCUUUAGAAUCGAAGCAACAAGUGUCGGUUUAA